AUGUUCUCUGCCGCUCGGAUCCUACAACGACGUGCUCUUGCGGUCACUGGAGGGGCUACAAGGGGAUUCACAGGCGGCGCGACGGCGAGGCUAAAACCCCACGCUAGCGGCGUGAUACGGGUUCGGGAAGACCCCGAAAUUGGAAUUGCAGAGUCGCCGGCGGGAUCGGUUCCGGGGGCGUUACCAUCCAGGCUGCGGGAGAAUGGGAUUAACAGGCUGGAGAGGAUCAAGAACGCGAAGCCCUUCUCGGAGUUUCUGACGGACGGGUUCGGACGAAAGCAUACGUAUUUGAGGAUUUCUGUUACGGAGAGAUGUAAUCUUCGAUGUGUAUAUUGCAUGCCCGCUGAGGGAGUCCCGCUCUCGCCGCCCGCACAUUUACUCUCCACUCCGGAGAUUUUGGAAAUCGCAAGGCUGUUUGUGAGCCAGGGGGUUACGAAGAUUCGAUUGACUGGCGGUGAGCCGACCGUGCGGAAGGAUGUUGUUGAGCUGGUCGAGGAGCUGGGGAAGCUACGGAGCAUUGGGUUGAAGGAGCUUGCCAUCACUAGUAAUGGGAUUGCCUUGCACAGGAAGUUGCAGAGGAUGAUUGAUGCGGGACUUACGGGGCUGAACUUGAGUUUGGAUACGCUUGACCCCUUUCAGUUUCAGAUUAUGACGAGACGGAAAGGAUUGGAAACCGUCCUGAAAACAAUCGAUACAGCACUGGACAUGGGCUUCGGCGAAGAGGGCAGUGGAAAAGUGUUAAAGAUCAACUCUGUCGUAAUGAAGGGUGUGAAUGACCAUGAGAUUGUGGACUUUGUAGGAAUGACCCGGGACAAACCCAUUGAAGUCCGGUUCAUCGAGUACAUGCCUUUUGAUGGCAACAAAUGGAGCAAAAACAAAAUGGUCUCAUACAACGAUAUGGUGAGCAGGAUCAAGGAGAUCUACCCAACCCUCCAGAAGCUCCCCUCCCAGAGGCCAAAUGACACAUCGAAAACCUGGGGUGUCCCAGGUUUCAGUGGAAGGGUCGGUUUCAUCACCAGCAUGACACACAACUUUUGCGGGAGCUGCAACCGACUGCGCAUAACCGGUGACGGCAACUUGAAGGUGUGUCUAUUCGGCGAGGCGGAGGUCAGUCUUCGGGACAUGAUGCGGAAAUACCGCAAUAGGGAACUAGAAGCCGGAGGUGUCGGAGUAGCAGGUGGGAGGGAAGAGAUGGAGAGCGAACUACUACAAGUAAUCGGCAAGGCCGUUGGGAACAAGAAGGAGAAGCAUGCUGGCAUGGGUGAGCUGGAGAAUAUGAAGAAUCGACCGAUGAUAUUAAUCGGUGGGUAG